GAGCAAUCUAAUAGACUGAAAGUACUUCAGGAACGUGAAAAGCCGGUUCGUUUGGUCGCCAUCGUGAUAAUGUCCUACGACGUCAAGGGUAAGGUCGCCAUCGUCACUGGCGCCGGAUCUGGUGAGUAAGCUAAAGCUAUAAGAGCAGAAGAAGUAACCAAGAACAAUCCACGGGCAUAUGCCUUUCACUAGCACAGAAACUCAUCGAGGUGGGUUGCUCGGUCAUGGUUGCAGAUCUUGCGCUCCGUCCGGAAGCCGGGCGCGCCUAUGAACAUCAUCUUCACCGCGACUUAGUCGAUGAACCCUUUAUUGUCUUUCACCGAACAGAUCUGCGUGAUUGGGGUCAGAUCGGUGGGCUAUUCGACAGGAGUCUGUGGAUUUUUGGGGCGUGUUAAUAUUGUGGUCAAUGGCGCAGCCAUUUUUGAGCCACCGUCGAGCUCAUUCUGGCAUCCUCCUGACUCGAGCAUAGCCAAAGAUCCCAUAGACUCGAAUCCGGGACAAUAUGAAGUCUUCUCAGUCAAUACCGUAGCGCCCAUCCGGCUUGCGCAGAUUGCGAUCGAUUACUGGCUACGCAACAAGGACGUCGAUGGCAAUCUGCUGUGGCUGGUCAGCAUGGGUGCAUACAUCCACACAAUGCUGUCCCCGCUCUACUUCUCCAGCAAAGCGGCUGUAUUGAGUAUGGUAAAAUCACUUGGGCCUAUGAAGGAGUCGUUUGGUAUUCGUAAUUCAGCAGUAUGCCCAGGUGCGGUAUGGACGCCCAUAUUUAAUCCCGAGUAUGCCCGUGGGAGGUUACGCGAACAAGACGUAUCGUUGUCAGCUGAAGAGUGUGCUUCUCUCAUCAUGCAAGUCCUCCAGGAACCGCAGUACGGUGAUGGCAGCGUUGUCGAAGUCCAGAAGAUUGGUGCCAAGGAAGACCCGCAAGUGAACGUGAGAGAUGUACCUCUUGAGGCCCUAUACCCUACUGUCUCAGCCUUAGACCAAGUGAAGGCGGCAUUGGCAGAAGAAGAGGAGCUUGUCAAGACACUGAGCACAAGUGGUAUGCAUAAAUGACGACAGGGUGUUGGCAAUCCAGAUGCCAGCGUAUCAAGGGUACUAGAAUAAGCGAGUCUCUCGUGGCAGCUUGGAUAGUCGCAGUGAUGUUGACGAAUCCCUGGGUGUGAUUUGCGUUAUCCCCGGGAUAUUUGCUUGCAUGUAAUAGACAAUGCAUGAUGCAAGUCAUGAUGAGUUCCAUCUUAUCGAUAGGCCAUUGCCGUCAUAAAGGUACC